AUGACAAACGAGGUGUCAAUAAUUGGCGCUGGCAUCGCGGGCUUCACGCUUGCCCUUAGCCUCCACACCCAAGGCAUCCCCUGCGCCGUCUAUGAGGCUCGAGCCGAGCCUCAGAAUAUCGGCGGCGCUGUCAUGUUAUCUCCAAACUCGCUCAGACUCUUCGACGACAUGGGCAUCUACGAAGAUCUAAAGCGUCUCGGCUACAGCUUUGACACGCUCUACUUCCGCGACCUCGCCGGCGACCUCAAAGAAACCUAUCCCUUCGGCAGUGUUGAGAAGUAUGGAUACAGUGGCCUUCGUGUUUAUCGCUACCAACUCAUUCAUCUGCUAUUGAAGAAGGUCAACGCUGCAGAAAUCUCCAUUUACUUCAACCACAAAUUCUCCCAUGUGGUUUCAGAGACCGCGGAAACCGUGACCUGGCAACUCAUCGAUGGCACCGAAAAGACCUCUUCUCUGCUCACCGGUGCAGACGGCAUCCACAGCCGUGUCAGGAAAUUCAUGUAUCCCACCCUUUCACCGAAAUUCACCGGUCUCGCUGGCAUCACAGCUGCCGUACCAACCGCAAACCUCAAAUUGCCUACUCCAGAUUAUAAGAUGCCAGUCACCAUCAUGUCACCUUCCCACGGAGCUUUCGUAAUCGCACCUCAAAAGCCAGAUGGCAGUGAAGUGCUAAUAGGAAAGCAAAAGCGUAUGCCCGAGCUCUCACGCGAAGGCUGGGAACAACUCUACACCGAUAAAGCCUCUACAGCCGCUUUCCUGCGUGAAGAUGCGGAGUUGUUUGGUAACAUCGCUGUGUCGGUGACUUCUGACAUUCCGCAUGAUGGCAUUAAUAUCUGGCCUUUUUACGUUAUCCCAGAACUUGACUCUUGGUACUCGGGAAAGAGAAGAGUUUUGUUGGUGGGAGAUGCUGCGCAUGCUAUUCCGCCAAGUUCUGGCCAGGGCAUAUCGCAAGCUGUAGAGGAUGUGGUUAUGCUGUCGAUGCUUUUGAGAAAAGGUAGGGGUGAUGAAAGAGACUUGAAGUGGUGGCAAGACUUUAGACAAGCUCGGCUUCAACAGAUUCUACUCCUGAACGCACGAGUGGAUCAACGGAGAUUACCUAAGAUCCCGGGAGACACAGAGGGAGAAGAUGCUAAGCAAGGUUUCGAUCUUGAUUGGCUGUAUGGUAUGGAUGCUGUCAAGGAGGUGGAGAAAUACGUAGCCGGUUCGUAGACAACUUCAUGUACUAUCAGUAUCUCCUUUGCUAU